GCUAUAUCAAAGACUGCGCCUCGUGCAAGUGGUUCCGUUUGUAGAAAACUAAGCAUUAUAAACUGACUUCUCGCACAACCAAAGUAAGUAGCGCGUUACUUGGCAACAGCUCUCAUCACAAUGCUGGGAACCGGCUCAGUAGCGGGCCGCUGACGUACUUCGACGUGUGCGCUUUGGCCUAGCGGAGUUUGUGCUGCUUGUUGCCCGGCCGCACCUUUCACGCUUAUCAGCAUCACAGAGCGAGGCUAGGGCGUGGGCGCUAGUCCCCCGCUUGCGGGUACGCAUGGGUCAAAGAUCGGGUACUUUUUCUUGGCUUCAGUCUUCGCUUCUACUUCUGAUAUUACGAUGCAUACUCAAUUUAUUUGAUAUCCCUUGAUAAAGCUUGGCACUGUGUCGUGAAGUAGAUGCGUGCACCUUGUGUUUGUGGUGGAUGCUUAUUGGUAAUGAGCUAGUACCUAGAUACUCAACUUGUUUCGUUUGUGUCGUUUCGUCGUCCGUGCGCUUCUUGCGUGUUGCCAACGCGAUUGACCACUGCGCGAGCUACGCUGCGAAGACCACACGGUCGACCAGUUAAGGACUUAUGGAAGGUUUUGACAUCUUGUACACAAGCAAGCUACUGGUCUGCACGCUCUAUGCAGCAAACUACUUCUUUGGAUUAAAUUGACUCGCGUUCUCCUUUGCAUCUCACUCCCCGGAUCAAGAAAGGCCACCCUCUGCUCGUCCGUAGAAAUUGAAGUGGAAAGUUGUUAGAUCAUCGCGUGCUUCCAAUGUGCACUAAUCCACAAUCAGUAGGAAGGACUGGCGUGG